UUCAUUCCCCUCGACUUGACUCCUCUCCCCUACUGCUCCCUCCCCUAGAUCGUUUCAUCAAUCGUUGCUACUUGUAGGAUAUAUAACUAGGUGGAGCAUUGCACUCCAACUACAGUAGCGUCUUCUUUACCUACUUAUAUAGUGAUCGCUGUGUGUGUGAGAUUCAUCCAUCGAUCAUGAGCAUCUCCGUGAACGGGCAGUCGGUGGUGCCGCCGGGGUUCCGGUUCCACCCGACGGAGGAGGAGCUGCUCACCUACUACCUCGCCAAGAAGGUCGCCUCGCAGCGUAUUGACCUUGACGUGAUCCCCAACGUCGACCUCAACAAGCUCGAGCCAUGGGAUAUCCAAGAGCGUUGCCGGAUCGGAACGGGCCCGCAGAACGACUGGUACCUGUUCAGCCACAAGGACAAGAAGUACCCCACGGGCACGCGCACCAACCGUGCCACCACCGUCGGGUUCUGGAAGGCCACCGGCCGGGACAAGGCCAUCUACUCCGGCGCCGGCUCCGGCCGCAUCGGCAUGCGCAAGACGCUCGUCUUCUACAAGGGCCGCGCCCCCCACGGCCACAAGUCCGAUUGGAUCAUGCACGAGUACCGCCUCGACGCCGCCACCAACCCCGCCUUUGCCGCCGGCGACGCCAGUACCUGCUAUUACUCCGGCAACUCAGCCUCAUCCCCGAUACGCGGCGUGGCCGGCGACCAGUCGUCGGCGCAGGAGGACGGGUGGGUCAUCUGCAGGGUGUUCAAGAAGAAGAACAUCGUCGUCCAGCACCAAGCUGCCCAGAGCAUCGGCGGUGGCAAGCUGCGCGGCGCCGCUGCCAUGGCGCGCAGCCAGAGCAACUGCUCGUCGACGGUGACCACCGACAGCGACCACGCCAGGGCGGCCCAUAUGCAGCAGCUGCUGCACUACUCCGGCAGCGACGACGCGCUCCACCACAUCCUACCACACUACAUGCAUAGCCGAUCUUCCACGACGCCGUGCAAGCAGGAGACCAAGCCCACCAACCCAUCAUCGUCAGCGCUGGACCAGCUGAUCAACAGCGCGUGCCACAGCGGCAGCAACACCCUACACGAGAAGUUCAUGAAGCUCCCGCCGCUCGAGCACUACGUCCCAGGCGGGCUCCUGCCGCCGCCGACCGAGUACGGCGGCGACUGGGACGCUCUCGACCGGCUCGCGGCCUACGAGCUCAACGGCCUGUCCGACGCCGUGUCGACCAAGACGACGAAUGGGGUGCCCUUCCUGCUCGACGAGCAUGGCGGUAACAUGCUACAUGGUUCCUCCGUCACCGGUUCCGGCGACGGCGACCUGUGGAGCCUGGCGCGGUCGGUGUCAUCGCUACAAGCUGAGUUGAGGAUAACCUGUUUUAACGCUGUCGGAUGUUGACACUAUAAGGACAUUUUCAUGUACCGAGUUAAUAUGAUUCAUAUUGAACGGACGCCCCAUCUUUGGAUAAUAUG